AUGGCCCCUACAGAGACAGACAUUGCCAUUGUGCAGCUCGUCUUCUUCACGCCCGUCGUGCCUCUCAGCAUCUGGCUCUGGUGCCGCUAUGGCUUCCGCCUCGGUGCCGGCGCGUGGCGGCUCGUCCUCGUCCUCGGCCUCCUGCGUCUCAUUGCAGGCUCUUGCGCCCUCGCCGCCGAGUACCACCCUUCCGAAAGCCUCUACGCAGCCGUACUGUCAUGCGACCUUGUCGGCACGGCGCCCUUGCUCCUCCUGAGUAUGCGUCUCGUCGAGAGAGUCAACGACACAUAUCAUAAGCUCCCUGCCCGUCUCUUCCGCCUCGUAGACUUGGCGUCCCUGGUUGGACUCGUGGUGGGCAUCAUCGGCGCCAACCAGGCUCUCACCUCCCUCGGAUCUGGCAAACCCUUCACCGUCAACGGGCCCAUGAUCGGCGCCAUGGUCCUCUUCAUCGUGGUCCUCGCCGCCGACCUGAUCUCCACCGCCAUUCUCUUCAUCCCUGCUGUCAAGGGUGAACCUCCCGUCGUCAACAGUGCCGAAAAGCACGAGCUCGGCGCCCAUGGCAAACUCGACAGCGCCCGCUCGGCCUCGUCCGCCUCCCCAGCCCUCAACAGGACUCGUGGUGACAUCGAGAGCAACAACGACGACGACACCACCUUCCGCCGUGCCGGCCAACAAAUCGAAGUCGCCGCGGCCCGCAAGCUUAUUAUCGCCGUCUCGCUCAUGGCCCCGUUCCUCGUCGUGCGGCUGCUCUUCGCCGCCAUCGGCGACUUCCGCAACGACCUCAACUUCAUCCCGUACCUCGGCGACCACAGCAUCUAUCUGGGCAUGUCUGUCUUGAUGGAGAUUGUCGCGGCAUAUAUCUGCCUGGGCGUGGGGUUCGCCUGCCCUCCCCCUCCGCCGCCGCCGGCCAAGACGAAGGCUUCGUGGUGGAGCAAGCUUCGCGGCUGA